GCGGCAGCAGGUGAGAGCGCAUCAGAGAUACGCAGAGCUGAGGAAGUAGCGGAGUAGUGAGGAGCAGAGCCAUGGGAAAGCUUCAGGAAUUUGAUAUUACUUUUACCAACAACAAGGUGGUUUACGGUCCGGGGGAGUCUAUAAGCGGGACGGUGAAGAUACGAACCACCGAGUCGCUGCAUUUCAAAGCCAUCAAGGUCAACUGUCAUGGCUCCUGUGGGGUCUCCAACACAGCAAACAGCACAGCAUAUAAUGUGGAGGAACAGUACUUAAACAGCACGCUGUCUGUUGCCGAGAAAGGUGUCCUUGGAGUGGGCGAACACAGUUUCCCGUUCCAGUUUGUUAUUCCAGCUGCUGUCCCGACUUCCUUUGAGGGACCCUUUGGGAAAAUAGUUUACCGAGUGAAGGUGACUAUUGACACGCCACGCUUCUCCAAGGACUACAAAAUCCAGAAGCCCUUCUACCUACUCAACAUGCUUAACCUCAAUGAGGUUCCAGACAUUGCUUAUCACAGUUCUGCUGUGGCCACCAAGAAGUUCAACUACCUCCUGGUGAAGUCGGGGACUGUGAUGCUGAAAGUUUGCAGUGACAUGAAGGGUUACAUCCCCGGUCAGGUCAUCAAGUUAUUCACCGAGAUCCACAACAAAUCUGGCAAGGACACGGGGUGUGUACUGGCCAGUCUCGUACAGAGAGUGACCUACAAGACUAACAAGCCUGUGGUAGACCUACGGACCAUUGCAGAGGUGGAGGGAGCGAAAGUGAAGGCAGGAAAACAUGCAGAGUGGAAGGAACAGAUCAUCGUUCCUCCACUCCCUCAGUCACAACUGACAGGCUGCAACCUUAUAGACAUCAUCUAUUUCAUUCAGGUGUCACUAAGAUAUCCUGAAGCAGCUGUCACUCUGCCUAUCUAUAUCGGAAACAUUGCUUUAAACCAGUCUCCGACGAGGUCUACACCCACCAGUCCAGCGGGUGCAGCAGGGGUGAUGCCCAGCGCUCCGCCAGUGGAGGAGGAUCGAGGCGAUGAUAUAUGUGCAGGAGGCUUUACCAGUGAGGAACUUCCCACAAAGAGUCACUCACAGCAGGAUCCCUCAGGCCAGGCAGUCACAAUGUCUCCCAGCGCCUUCAGCUAUUCGCCAGGUGCGGCAGCGCCGCCUAGCCACAAUCCCCCCGAUGCAUCUGCUCCGCUCUUCUGUUUGUCCACAGGAGCCACCAUACCUUUCUUCACUGAGGGAAAUGUUGCUCCAACCCCCACUUCCUGUUCACUCAUUCUCCCUCCAGAGUACAGCACUACUGACUACCCUCAUGAGCCCCCACCUAGUUAUGAGGAAAGCUGCAGUAGUGCCAACUCCAGUUUCAACAGUAGACAGUAGAGAAGAAACAGGUGGAUGAAGAAUUGUGACCACUCCCACCUACACCUGUUUGCACUCGCCUCGAAACGAAUCCAGAGACAAGGUGGAUGAAAAGAGGAUGGAUGCUUCAAACUCCCCAAGGAUUGAUUCUUUGUCCUGCAUUGAGUUUUGUUUUGUUUUGUUUUUUUAAAAAGGGGAUAAUUUCUUAUAAUGAAUAUAAGAAUUUAAAUUUUUCCUCAUGUCCCAGCAGAUAAUGUCAGGUGAACAUCACUGUGCCUAAAGAAAAAAAAGAAAAAAGUAUUUCACAUUGUUAUACAGCAUUUAGAAUAAUCAGUCGUUGGACACGUCUGUUGUGUUUUUAUUUCCAACAUGUUGUUGCAUCUGUGAUGCCUUGAAACUAAAAGCUUUCAGUCUGGCCUUUUUGUGGUGGGGCGGGGGGGUCCGGGGGUCCAAACAUGCGGUUGUUAGUGUGGUCCGCUGCUCUUUGUACAUGUCUCUGCUGUCUACGUCGUCGUGCAGGCAGAGCUGCCUCCAUCAUGGAUAUAAAAAGAGGAAUACACAGUCACAGGUGAUGCCUGUGAUAACAGCUUCUUUUCACAUCAAAAUCUGUUUUUAAAUGCACAGAAUGGUUAUAAAGAUAAGUAGGUCCUUAGGGAAACCACUCGGCUGAGUAACUGAUUAAAACAAUUCAAGGAGCAAAUUCAAAUUCAGUUCAUUCAGUAGUUUUCCUCUGGUCUGUUGUGCUGUUUGUUUGUUUUUUAUCUAAAUCAUCUUGAUGUGAGUUGCCCGAUUUCAAAUAUCCUUAUUAUGGAGCUACAUGGAAUAUUUAAAAUAAUACGUUUCAAAAGGUCAUCAGCAAUCAUGAGAAGUUUCUCAAACAAAGUCCUAAACCUUUUAUUCUACUGUCUAUUGCCAUCAUUCUUCUGUCAACGUUUGCCAACCAUAUCCCUCUGCAGAAGUAAGCAUCCAACGACAAAUGACGAGAGGCUCACAAUGUAAUCAUUAAAAGCCUCCACAACAGCUAAGCUGCUUCUUUUCUUUUGCAGAUGUAGAUAAUAGAACAUAAAAUUGUUCCUAAACGAAACUGCUCAUGACAAAAUCGGGGUAUUUGUUUUGUGUCACCAGGUCAUGAUGUGGCUCUUCCUUAUCUUUCAGGCUGUUAUGGGCUGUGGUUUGCACUGUUGGCAGUAAUUCCAAUGCGUUCUCGAUGGGUUUUGGCUGCCCUUCUUCACAGAUUCUGUUCAUAACUUUUAUUAAUUUAUAAAUCCAUCCAAGUGGUGGAGGGUUUCUUGUUUGGUGACCUCAGGAUCACCUCUCUGCUGUUGGUAGAUGAUGUGUCUUGAGGCAGUGAGGCACUUUGCAGGACUGAGGGCAUGGUUCUCAGCUGGAAAAGGGUGGAGUGUGCACUCUGGGUCAGGGACAGGUGUAAGUGUCCCGGGUCUUGAACCGACAAGUGAGGGAAUAGAGGAGCGGGGGAUUGACAGAGGGAUGUGUGUGGUACGGGCCAUACCAGUGUGCUUUGAAGAAGAGAGAUCUGAGCAUAAAAGUUAAGCUGUCGAUUUACCAGUUAAUCUACAUUCUCACCCUUGCCUGUGGUCAUGAGCUGUGGGUAGUAAGCCAAAGAAUGAGAUAACAGAUAUUUGAAAGGUGUCUGGGCUCUCCCAUAGAAGUAGGAUGUGGAGCUCACAUCACAAAGAGCCAGUCGAGGUAGUUCUGGAAUUUUUUUUUUUUUUUUUUACACAAUGUCCUACUGGGAAGAGGCCCCCAUGCUGAACCUGAACACGCUGGGGAGAUUACAUUGCUCCGCUGGUUGGGAAUGCAAUGAAGAACCCAAUGAGAGGCUGGGUGCCUCUGGGUAGACCUCUGCCUCUGUAACCUGAACCCAGAUAAGCGGCAGAAAAUGGAUGGAUGGAUAUUUUCCUUCUUUCAUGUUUUUUUUUUUCUUCUUCUUUUUGUGUGUGUGUCUUUUAGCUCCAAAGGUGUCGUGCCAUUCAGUUCCAUUAAAUCCAAGAGUAAGCAGAUGGCUGCAGAGCUGAUAUGUCGGAAACUGGGAAUCUCACACCAAAUCAAUAGUGAUGGAUAAACAGCACUACAGACCAGAGGAAAAUUAAAUACAAAUUAGAUUUUAAGAGGAAAAGGCCUUUUAAUCAAAAACGCUUCCACAAAGCAAUGCAGUCAAACUUUGUUAUUAUUUAUUAUAUUUUUUAUUUCAUUAUGUCUCCCUUUCAUUGGCUCCUUAAGAUAUUUUUCUUGCCGUACCACUUUUGUAUUCAGAGGAAGUUUGUCUCGUGAGCCUCAUUUUCCCUGUAGCUGGUUAUGAGGUCUGCAGUACCGAAAGCCGUACUCUGCCCCCUUGUGGGUGAUACCGGUACAGGCGUUUAUCUCUUUUGAGCCUGCUCUUAAAACUGGAGACUAAAACGACCAGCCAUGUUAACUGACCCACCUAACUUAGUCCUUGUUUCUGUGAUUCACCAGCUGAAGUCCGCUCUAGAAAUGUAUUUCUUUCCUUUCUGUUGAGCAGAACUUAUAAACGGAGGUUGAAGAUGCAUGUGGUUUGCAUCAGGAUGAUUUAUGUUAUUUUUCCCCUUUGUUGCCUUAAAUUUCUUCUGGUGAUUUGAGUGUGUCAGUCAGUGCAGAUGUUAAGAUGUUAACACAUCUGGACAUCUCAGCACUUCAUUUACUGUGUGUGUGUGAGUGUGUGUGUGUGUGUGAGUGUGUGAGUGAGUGAGAGAGAGAAAGAGAGAAAGUAAAAUGCAGUUUAACUUCAAUCAAACUUGAGUUCAAGCCAAUUUCUGAUCAAACAUCUGUAAAAGUGGAGAUAUUUUCCUUUUUUGUCCAUUUCUGCUUGUGGUCAGCAGUGGGGUUUAACUUUUAACUAUUGUAUUUUGUAUUGAUUUUAUGUUGUUGUACCAUAAUAUGAUCUUAGCAUUGCACAAAUGUCUGCUAUUUUCUGUUGUAUGUAUAGAUAUUUGUUCACCAAACCUUUUGUUUUGCACGUAUAAAAACUCUUUUCUCAUUUUAUUCAUAACAGCAAAAUAGACUUCAGUGCUACAGUUCCACGUAGUUGCAUACAUUUGUCAUGUUUUGUCAUAUAUUGAUGACAAAAAAUUUAAUCCACAUCCUCCAGGCAUAGUAAUGCCUAAUGUCCCUGAAAAUCUGAAGCACAACAUCUGCACUGAAUGUUUGUGUGACUCUUUGUGUGUUUUCGUCUUAUCUUGACACUCCGCUUCAAAUCACAGCAUGAGUUUCUGAUAACAGAAAUCUUGUGGCUCUGCAUUAUUGUAAAAGCAUGCCUUAAACAAUCUGGAUACCCUUCAACAUUUACAUGAGCCUGCGGUGGACUACCUUCUUCUUCUCUAUGAGGACAUCAGGACAUGCUCCUCCUGCUUUGUGUCUGGCGGGACUGUGCAAAGUGCACUUGAUGUACACAGAUGUAGCUUUCAAAAACAGUAAGACACUGGACUUUGUAGACCUGCUGAACUUUGUUUUAAACUCUUUGUUUUAGGAGAAAAAAACGUGUGCAAUUCGUUUUCUGAAGCCAUUUCAUGCUGCCUUUACCAGCCUUCAUUCUGUUCAAAUCCUCUUCACCAAAAGGUACUAUAGCUUUAUGAAACCCCUCGUUAUGUUAUCUUUUCAUCCCACCCCCCUUCCCUCAUAUAUUGAUGAGUGGUGUCCAGUUUUGUAUUUUUCUACUAUAUGAGCUGUUUACAGGUGCAGUGUGGAUAUAGUUGCACCUCAACCAUUACAUGUACAGUUUCAGCUUACAGUGCAGAAUCAAAGCUGUACUGCAUAGAACGACAAUAAAGUAAGGGAGUAAGGGGAAGCAAGGCA